AUGACUCUCGCUGUCGACCUUCUCAACCCCUCCGCUGAGGCCCAGGCCCGCACCCACAAGCUCAAGAAGAUUGUGCCCCAGCCCAACUCGUUCUUCAUGGACGUCAAGUGCCCCGGCUGCUUCCAGAUCACCACCGUUUUCUCCCACGCCUCGACUGUCGUCCAGUGCGGCUCGUGCGCCACCGUCCUCUGCCAGCCUUCGGGCGGCAAGGCCAAGCUCACUGAGGGCUGCUCGUUCCGCCGGAAGAACUAG